AACUGGUUGCAGCCUACCUGUCAAUGCUGCAUUCUAACGUUUUAUGCUUUUCAACGUAUAACAGGUACUCUACUACAGUGCGACUUUCAUUGUAUCCGGCAAAUAUUACAGAAUCUAACAAGUUACAUAGGCUCCAUUGUGCGUCAGCGAUGCUUUUGUAGUUCAUAUUUUCCAAGGAGAGACAAAACGAGUAAAUGGCUGUGUCUGACGUGACAGUGUGAACUUUCACGUGACUAUACCGGACGAGCGUGGAUCAGCUCUCUCUAGGAUCUCAGGCUGGACGCCGAGGUCGAAUAGGCGGGCGGGAUUAGAGCAGCGUUGACAGCUUUGUUUUGCUGAUGUCAGGAUGAGUUCCGAAAUUUAUGAUAACGCGAAAACAUCCAAACCCAUUUCGAUCGAUGCCCAAAAGCGAAAAGAGAUCAAGCAAGAAUUUUUCUUCGGCCUGGGCCUGUUGUUCUUUCUCGGAUUCGUGGGAUGUUUGCUUUACAAGGUCAUUUACAAACACGUUGAGUAUCUGCUUCAGGACCUGUAGGGAGAACUUCCGUAAAAGCCUUUGCAAUCCACUUGUGAAAAGUUGACGAAUAAACGACUACUGGCUUGUAUGAAACGUCAGCAUUGGGUUUAGUGAACGAAAGACUUUCUGAACGUGAUUCGAUCAGUUUCAAUAAUUCAUAAACAUGAAUCAGGCACGUUUCGAAUUUCUCAAGAUGGCAGAUGCACAACUAAAAGUAUCUCAGCAAGAGGACGAGUUUCGUGAAGAAGUUCUUGAGCACAACAAAGUUUUCGAACAGAUAAAAGGUGGGAUUCUAGACGGCGAACGAGAGCGACGUAGCCUCGAAGAAAGCCUCAAUCGCCUCCGCCUUUCAAAAGUUAUCGAAGCUUUAAGGCGAUUGAACCAACGCGAAGAUUUCAACGGGGCCUUAGAGCAUCUCGUACAGCAACUUACUCAAUUUUCUAACUUGCUAAAAUUGGUUGAUGGAACUCCUAUUCGAAAUGCACAACCUGUCGACACACAAGAAUUUCUUGAGCAACUCGAUCAGCUGACAAAUAGUUGGCGCUCAUUUGAUGACGCUUGCCCUGAGAUAAUAACUCUUAAUAAGGAAAUAGAGAGCAUGCGAAAAAGACUGCAACAGUGUGAAAAAAUGGUUCGGCAAACUGUAGUCAACCAGAUGCUCGUUGACAUUUAGGCCUAUGAAUUAAUUUCAUACUGUUUUUUUUUACUAAAACGAAGUAGUAAAUGAACUCCACUAUUGAAGACGGAGUCACAAAGUAUAAUUCUGCUCCCAACUGGCGAACAUAUAUAUGUCUCUAUUUUAGCUCGAUGGAAAACGAUUAGAGCCACUUUUGUUGAAGAUGAAAGGUGAUGCAUGUGAGAAGGCAACAAAACUGCAUAAACAGUAUAUGAAUAGUGAGAAUUUACAUACAAUUACUUCCGUUUAUCUUAAUGAAAAGUUAAAAAACCUCUAGGUGCGCGCCAUUCCAUAAAUAAACGUUGUUAUAAUAACUGCUGGAAAAUGCUUUUUAGAAAAGUGUAAUUAAAUGUAUUAGGCAGUAUGCGUGAGUUUUAAAAAAAGACGCCGCUCUAAGGAUUGGAUAUGCACCGUAAUGGUGCACUAGGACAAUUGGCAUACAAGCAUUCAUUGGCGUGGUCUUCAUAGAGCGCCCUUAUCAACGUUUCUGCCCCUAACUGUCGUAGAAACAUCCUUCCCGCGUUCAUUCAUUGAGGCAAUUUUGUUCUAUCUUCGCUAUAUGUAUUUUCUUCACUCAAGCUAUUCUUUUUCUUCACUAUUUGUGUAUUUUGAUAGUCAGAUGAUAUUUUGUAUGAGUAUGUGACCAACCAUAGCGCUUGCAUCUUCGCGUACCACAAAUGCUUGUUUAUUUAUAAUCUUCAUACAAUUUUUUACUUAGUUUUGGAUAACUUAGAAUGACACAGAACCAACAUUAUUUGGAUUACUAUGCGAAAAAAGAUUUUAAUCAGUAAUAAAAGUUACUAGUUUCAUAUUACAGCUGCUUAGGUAAAUCCGGAAAAUAGUAUAAAAAAUCAGAGGUAAAUAAAACAAUGCAAAAAAUACCUCAGUAAUCCUUUUUCUACAAUGCGAGGCUACACUUUUAUAAUAAUAUGACACUAAUGUAGUAGUAAAAAUAUUAUUAUUUUAGAAACAAGACAUGGCGUGAAUCGGCAGUUUUGUCUCAUAUUUAGAAAACAAAAAAUGAACCAAGAAAUGUCAGACAUAUUUAUCCUAUGUACAUAUAUAAUGCGCGGAAUUAUUCCCUUAGCCACAGGGAUGAAGCGCCAAAGGUUCGUUACUAUUACUUUGUGGCAUAAUAGUGCAGAGAGACCUAAGCUAUGCGCGACACAAAGAUUCUUGGAUCUUAUUAUGAGAUGUAGUAAAAAUAGUCACUUAAAAACAUGCCCUUUUGUAUAUCGCUAGUUUUCUGUUCAUAUUCAUGCCACGAUUACUUUGAAAGUUUAAUUUUUCGAAAUCAAAAUAAAAAUCAAAUUAUUGUCUACUAUUUUAGCAAUAUUUACAAUUAUUGUUAGUAUCGCGAUUUUCGUAAUCGCCAAUUCCCAUAGGUAAACAGAGCGUGUAUCCAUCGGUAACUAGCGUACUGUUUUUUUGGGACUUAGUCUGAACAAAGUGGCCUUUUUUUAUAGACCUGUGUUGCAUCGCAUCGAGAAAAAGGUGAAUUGUAGAUUUAUUGUUUCUCCUAUUAUCUUAAUCACCUGUUAGUCUUUCUGGCACUGAAUAAAGAUUACUUAGUUAGUUUUUAGGCGAACACGUGCCGAUGCUGGCUUGUAAAGCUGUAAAGUUAUUUGUAAACUCAUAAGUGAUUAAGGCGGACUUACUAGCAGAUAGAAGGGUUAGGUUAGGUUAGGUUUUCAUUUAUACCCUGUUGAGCCCACUAGAACGUAUCGCGAAUCAAUGUAAAUAUUUACUAUGUGGACCCAGAGGGUUAUUUUACUGAAGCUCGCGUUUUCCAAGAACCUCGAGUCUGACGAUUUUUGUACCACUGAAAGCGAAGUGUAUUUAAUAAUAGUCUCGAAAGUUUUCAACCUUGAGAUACGUCCUUUUGGUUUAACCGAAAUUAAUUGAUAUUUUUGCGAAAUUGAGAAACUUAGCUUCACAUUACUUUUUAUAUCUUCAUAUAAAAUGAAAAAAAAUAUGGCAUUAUCUGAACAGAUUGAAUGAAAAGUUAUCUAACGUUUCGUAAUCUACAUAGCUAAAAAAUUCGACAAAAAGGUUUUAUUUUAAAUAAGUGAAUCGCCUUAAUGUUACCUUUAUUUUGCUUUUAUAUACAUAACAUGUGUGUAUAUUACGUAAGUGAAUAAAGGACAUUAAAUUACAAAAAAUCUCAUAUUUGUUGACACAAAUUAAAAAGAAUGCUACCAAACUGUUUAUAGAAGAACAAUAUUAAAUAUACUCUAAUUUAAAAAAUUCAGUCUUAAGUUUUUAAUUCAUUUUAUUUAAUUCUAUGAACAGAAAUUACUUUCUUUAUGGUUUAGCACAGGAUUACUACUAAUUGUAUCCACUUUUAGACGGAGAUCUUUGCAUUGAUUUGAGUUUUAAUGUCAAUGAAUAACAGAUACAGCCGGAAAGAAAUGAUGUUUUCUGCUCUACUAGCUUUACUUGAGAAAACGCGAAAUAUAAAGGGCAGACUAUAAUGAACAGACUAUACGGUAAUCGACUAUGACCAUAACAACCCUUGAUUGCUGACUACUAAAUUAUUCGUACGCAUUAACUGCUCAUGGUGAUAGCAGAAAAAAUCAUAAUUAAUCCACGAUAUUUUAAUCGGCUGGCAUCUAUUUGACUACAAUUAAAAGUCCAAAAGAAAUUACAACUCAUAUACUCAUCUAAGACUCUACAACUAUGAAGACGGCCAAUGUGCUGUACUUGGUCAGGGCGUACCACGUUGGUCAGCGAACUGAAAAACGAGACGUAAAUAUGGCCGUCGCAUUACGUGCAAGUACAAAUUGUGACGUAACGAUAACGUGAGCCUACGAUCGAGGUUUCGUAGUCACACUUGUACACGGAUUUGUCGACUAUAAAAUCAUGAAUCAUGCAGUUCCAGGAAUUUUUGUCACUUUAAUUCGUUUUUUGACGUAUCGAAGUGCAGUAAAGCAUUAAAAAAGUCCAUGGCGGACUUAUGUCACGGUUGGCUUUGGACCGCCUUCAUUGAGAGUACCAGAGCUUUCCGGGUGUUCUUGAGAUUUGCUUGACUGUUCCACAUGUAGCUGUGACACAAACUGAAUACGAAAAAUGCAGAGAAAGAACUAACAUUCAGUGCGUGCUAAGGUUUAUAUACUCGUUUUAAAUAUUAUAUAUUUAUGACGAUGUGAUCUGGUAGCGCACCAACACUGAUGUACAUACAGGGUGUAUUUGCAUCUCGGUGUCUAUUUUCUCGUGUAUUGCACUACGGCAGAUCGGCUAACGAACUAAAGAACGUUGAGGGAAAAUAUUACUUAGCUUUGCAUUAUUUUCAGCAUCUAUUUGUCGUUUGCUGCGAAAUAUACAAAAGUAAAUAAUUGAA